AUGGGGGCUAGUGAACAUCCGGUCUUUUUUCGGGUCUUAAAGAUUUGCAUAGUCUUGGUUGCCAUUGUCUGCGGCAUUUUAGAGGCGGUGGAAUACUAUGCGUGGACGAAUUAUGUUGAUAGUGUAAAUGGCUCGGGAUCGUAUUCAAAUUUUAAACUUGACAAAUCCAAAUACUUUCAAACCUUGAAUCUUUCUUAUGGUGGACAAGUUCACGGACAGAUAAAAAUAUGGUACUAUGUCGUAAUAAUAAUAACAGUCGUGGGGACCACUUUUUAUUUGAGUAGUUUUCAACGAGUGUGGGAUUACGGAAUAAGGCUCUUGCUCAUCGAGAUAUUUCCAGAUGAAGCAUUGCUAUUAUGCCGAAUGGCAGUAUCGAGCAUAGCGAUCAGUUGGUUUAAUGUGCUUUUGAGCUUGGUGUCGUUAUUGAUGGCAUGGAAAAGAUCAAUCGAGUUGGCUUCCAUAAUGGCUAUCAAUCGAAUGCCUAGCAGUCUCGAAUCUGGUCCAAACCAAAGGGUCAUCGUUGGAAAAAAUCACCAUUCUACUACCAAUCAAACCAGUUAUUUUUAA